AUGAAACGAGAAUCGCAGUCGGCAGACAUGGCCUUUCUCGACUCGAUCAGAGAGGAUUUCGACCAGGACUGGAGUCAAUGGAUGAGGUGGGAUGACCAGACCUUCAACCACCUACCGGAUCACGUGAAUGAGUCCUCGAACCCCAAUCCAACCUUUGAUCUGUCUUCCAUGUCGUCAGCUUCACGGGUCAACUCUCAGGGCAGUACGGCGGCGGCUGAUUUCUCGCCGGGGACGGCUUUCAGUUCUCUGGAUCGCCCGUUCGAACCCGUCUUGGGUGCGCCCCGGGGUCGGAUGCCCUCCAUUACCUCCAACUAUGGCCAGCCUCUAGGAUUCGAGAAGCAGUCGUCGAUGAGUAUGUCGCCACCUGAUAGCGUUCCCGCAAACCGGAAGCGCAAGUCGACGAGCGAUGAAGACGGCUCCACGGUGGAUGACCACGCCCAGGAGAGCAAGAAGAUGCCCUCCAAGAAGCGAUCCCACAAUGUGAUCGAGAAGCGAUAUCGUGCCAAUCUCAACGAGAAGAUUGCUGAAUUAAGAGACAGCGUUCCCAGUCUACGGGUGCUGUCGAAACAGUCUCACGGCAACUCCCCCGACGAUGACGACGCGGAGGGAGUGACGCCGGCAAACAAGCUGAACAAAGCUUCCAUCCUUUCGAAGGCCACGGAGUAUAUCCAUCAUCUAGAGCUGCGGAACAAGCGCCUGGACGAAGAAAACAUGGCCCUGAAGACCCGUCUGCGGCAGCUCGACAAAGCUUUGGACCAGAGCGUCACCUCGGUAGCGUCUGCGUCCUCACCCAGCAAUUGCACCGUGUCAACGGAAUCAGGCUCGGGAUCAUCCCCCAGCGUGUUCUCACACACAGAGGAAAUCUCGCAUGAGACGCCCUCCAGUUCACUCAACCCUCCGGAGGGACUCAUCAAGGUCCCGGACUACAUCAAGAAGAUGAGAGCCUCGUCGGCACAACAGGGUCACUACGCCGAGUCUUACAUACAAUACCGCAAUCAAGGAAACGAAUACGGCGGGGAUGGGCGCAGGCGCUCCGUGUUUCCCAACAAGUACAUGGUCGGUGCUCUAGCUGGUCUUAUGGUCUUGGAGACGAUGAGCCCCGAGAAAAAGACCGAGUCGACUGAGAAAGGUCUGCUGGCAGUACCGAUGGGUCUUUGGAACCAACUGGAUUUUUCCUCAGUUCGAUACAUUCACGCACUGCUGAGCUCGUCUUUGAAUUCGUGGCAUGUCAGGGCCAUCCUUCACUUUCUUCUGACGGCAACGUUUGUCGUUGGCUGUGCCUUUUUCGUCUUCCUCUAUCUGUUCAAUUCUCGCCCAAGGCGACCACGCAAUCUUUUCAAGACUGCCUCAGCCACUAACUCAGAUGCCUCAUCUCCGUUCAACUUCCGGCAGCAGGCAUGGCUAACAAGCAUCCAGCAAGUGGGAGUGCCCCGCCACCGAUUCUUCCUGGAAUGGUUCGCAGUUACCUCGCGAUGUUUUGAAUAUUGCCUACGAUGCCUUCUCGGCUGGAAGUUGUACUCCCACAUCACUGGCAUCACUGAAGAGGACGAGAAGGGCCGUGUGAAGACAUGGGAUAUCGCCAUCGACGCUCAACUAGCUGGUGGAGAUCCAGAAAUCAGCAAGAGCCGCCUGGUCCUCACAAUCUUUGCCGCCGGUACCUUGCCACGGAGCCCUCUCAGGAUGAUGCUCAAGGCACUGCACUGCCGCAUCCUGCUCUGGAGGGUUGGAGACCCGGGUACGUACACGUUCAAAGUGACCAACGAUGUUGCUCGAUACCUGGCGAAUUACCAAUGGCAGAUGGCCCGGAUAAUGAACAAGCGGCUGCCCAAGGAUCACCCGGAUGCGCUGCCAAGUCAUUUAGCCGCAUUGCUACAGGUUGACUGCGAAGACGUGAUGAUCGACCCAAUCGUGCAGCGCGCCGCCAACCUCACCUGGAACCGGCCUACCCAAGAAGCGGCCGACGAUGAUGAAGCUUUGCUCGACGUUGUGGUCGAAGACCCGGCAAUUCAAUCUGCCCUGGACUCUCUGGCGGCUUGGUGGUCUAGCCACAUCCUACAGCGUGCCCUGCUGAGAUCUUUCGAAGCUAGCUCAGCUGGUCCUUCAGCUAAGAAGAGCCGUGAUCUUCUUUACAAGAAGAUCAGCAUGGCCGUCAACAUUGCUCCCCGACCCUCCGCAGCCUACACACGAGCCUUGGUUAUGAAAGCUGUCUUCUUCGAAGAAGACAGGAUCCAGAAUAUUGGUGCGGUCCUCGCAGCUCUCCCAUCGCCCAGAGAUAGACAACGUCAGGCCUCGAAUUUCCUGGACUCUUCUAUACCCGUUUCCGUAAGGGAAGAGAUUUCGAUUGCCGUUCGUUGUGCUAUGAUUGCCGCUAUCUUUAAGGCCAGGGCUACCGAUGAUACUGCGCUGCCAACUUCCCUGACACUGCACAAAGCGGUGACAUGGUUUAACCAGCUUCCUAUAGACCCUGUUGAGCUGACCAUUUUGGGUUUCGCCGCCAUCUAUCAUAUACUCCAUGUCGUCGCUACUGAUCAAGAUCUCCUCUCGCCUUCUUCUUCUGACUCCGGAUCGUCCUCAGCACCAUCUUCGUCGUCUUCUAGGGCUCCAUCGAAUGCCUCAUCCGCUGAUGAUGAGGCGGAUGAUGAGCCACCAAGUUCACGCAGACGAUCGAGUUCUGGGAAGACUGCCCCGCAAUUUGGCCGCGUCGCAUCCGAUCUCGUGUACUGGGCUCGACAUGCCUACAAUCCUGCUUUCUACGGGUUCACUUCUGGCAUCAUUGAGAUCGUGGAGGCAGAGUGUGCUGCCGUCUGCGAGAGUGUGGGCGUUGACAUACAUGGCCAGCUAACGAGUCAAAGCGAGAAGCUCCGCAAUGUCCGCAGAGAAGAGCGAAAGAAGCGGAGAGCUGCCAAGCAUCGCAGAAUGUCCCGCCAGGAUCAGGAAGAAGAGGGCUGUGUCCCCGACGAGAGCCAGGAGGUCCAGCAGACCUCGUGAUCUCGAGACUAAAGUCUCUGCAGUCUUUCCGAUUUAUCUUACACUUUCAGAUUAGACACGCGGAUAUGAAGACGGUGUCCUUUUAUUGUGGUGGUUACGAUUGGCGUUCUGCGUUGAUGACGACCAUCAUGUGAACUUCCCCGCUUGCUUACAGUUUCUCUUUACAAUUUCUCUCGUCCUAUGGACAUGAGGAUCCGAUUAUGGCUCUGGGCUACCGCUACCCAGGACUAAGCUCUCCUACUCCGGUGUUUUUGCUACGAAGAUAAAAGCAUUUCCGCUUUUUUGUGUUUUGAGUGUCGGUAAAUUGUUUACGGGGCGCAAUUCGGAUGAACUCUUGGGCGGGAACUUUUAAUAUCACGGGUCAAUAUUUCCUGUUCUCGGCUAGAGAGUUACUUAAUAGUAUUUACGAAGAGGUGAAUUGAUGCCAGAUAUAUUUCAUUGUCCUUGG